UCUCUAAUCUAUCGAUUUUGUGUCAGUGGGACAACUAGAAGGAGACAUCAUGAAGGGUCUCGCUAUAGUCGCCGUACUUAUUAUCGCCGCCAAUGGUCUUUCAGAACAGGAAAAAUGGCAACAAUUCAAAAUUCAACAUGGCAGAACCUACAGAACCCUUCUGGAAGAAAAGAGGCGCUUCGAAAUCUUCAAGUUCAAUCUACGCACAAUCGAAGAACACAACGAGCGAUAUCACAAUGGCGAAGAAACGUUUGAAAUGGGGAUCAACCAAUUUGGUGACAUGACCCAGGAAGAGUUUAAACGGAUGUUGGCUUUGCAGAAACCACAAAUGCCCCUGCCUAGCGGGGAUGAGGUGUCAUUUGAUAAUGUCAAGGAUAUACCUAAAACUGUAGAUUGGAGGGAGAAAGGCGCAGUUACCGAAGUGAAAAACCAAGGAAAUUGUGGUUCAUGCUGGGCUUUUAGUGCUGUAGGUUCAAUCGAAGGACAAGUAUUCCUGAAAAAUGGCUCUCUGGAAUCUUUGAGCGCCCAGAACCUCGUAGAUUGUGCUGGUAUAGAAUAUGGCAACUUUGGAUGUAAAGGAGGAUUGAUGGACUAUGCAUUCAACUACACCCACCAGCAUGGAAUACUUUCAGAUGCGGAGUAUCCCUACUGGGGAUUCACUAGAAGGUGUACGAAACAGGGUGGAGUUAAGAUAACAGGAUAUCAAGAUGUGUCUAAAGGAGAUGAAGUAGUCCUAGCUAAGGCUGUCGCUACAAUUGGACCAAUCUCAAUUGCCCUGGACGGAAACCACAUUAUGUUCUACCGGAGAGGGAUUGUGUCAAAAUGGUGCGGUUGUAAAAACUCAGAGAAGGACUUGAACCAUGGUGUCUUAUUGGUAGGAUAUGGUGAUGGUUAUUGGAUCGUGAAGAACAGUUGGGGAAGAAUUUGGGGUGAACAGGGCUACUUUAGGUUGAAGAAAGAUGCUGGAAACACUUGUGGAGUUGCCACCUGGCCGUCAUAUCCUAUUUUGUAGUAUGGUUACUUUGUAAUAAAUCCUUUGAUAUUCAA